AUAAAGUCAGUAAAAAAAAAAUUUCCUCCUGAAAAUACCUACCUAUCUGAAGACCUGUUCUGCCAGUUUUCCCAGAGCACUGAGAGCCUCAUUCCUGAUCUCCGCCCUGAACCCCUUUCAAGGUGUGUUGAAGGUGAGCAAUUGCAGUGACUAAUGAGCCAAUCCUUGUAGAACCAGGUGAUGAGGGACCUUCUUCAGGCAUGAGGGGUAACACUUUCAAUCUCAAAACAUACAUCCAAAUGUAUGUAUCCAAACCCCACCCCUCUCCUCUGCUCCCAGCCUGACCCCCACAGCCUGAGGUCAGAGAGCCAGAGGACCUGAAUUUUAGAGUAAAUCACAGACACAGGAGCAGCAUUGAAGGGUCUCCCACUGGCCCAUGAUGGCACUGAUUCAUGCAAGAAUCGCCAGCGGGCCCCAGGAUGCUGAGCAGAUUCCUGGGCCCGCAGUGUCGCGAGCUGGCCAGAAGUUGGAUCCCCACGGCGGGCAUGUGCGGCACCUUGGGACUGGUGUGGGCCACCGAGUGGUGGCUGAUUCUGGACUGGGUGCCCUACAUCAACGGCAAGUGUAAGAAGGAUGAUUAG